UAACUGAUAAAUGAUAACGCGCGUGCUGAGGCUCGAUAGAGAGUUUGUAGUCGUAACAUUCAAUGAGUAUGUGACAAACUGACAACCGACAAUUAGUGUUUAAGAUUAUAACAAUAUUAAUAAUUGUCUUCAAAUGUACAAAUGCCGAAGAUCAUUGGACGGUGAUGAUUGGUCGUUGAUGGUGUCCUGUGGUGUUUCUGUCCUUCGUCACAAUUAGAUGAUCGCUUGAACGAAAAUUACAUUUAUACUGUUCCAUGUGUGGGGGGACACUAUUGUACCAUGGUGUCCAUCGCGGCCAUCCAAACAUUGAAGAAAGCCGAUCAACUAAAAGAACAAAUAUGUACAUCCAAAGACAUAAACAGCCCCGAAACAUUAGCAUAUCAACAGCAGUUGAGAAUCAUCUACCAGCAAGUGUUGACUUUGGACUUGGAAUAUGCGCUAGACCAAAAAGUUGAACAAGACCUCUGGAAUCAUGGGUUUAAAAACAAUAUCAACAAGCUGCAACAACUCGCCAAAGACAAAAAGAAUGCCAAACGCAAUGAAUGGAAUGCACUAUUCUUAUCGUGCCUUGAGUCUGCAUAUGGUUUUUAUCUUAUGCUCUUACACAGCAUAUGCUUGACAUUUGAUUUGGAUCUACCAUUUCAUAAAAAAUUGUAUGGAUUUUGUGACUCGGAUAAUAAGUCUUUAGGAUCAACAUAUUUACGUAAACCACAAAAAAGUUCGUGCAAUUACAUUUGUCAAUAUUGUUUGGUGCACUUGGGUGAUAUUGCUCGUUAUCGUAAUCAAAAUAGACAAGCUGAGUCAUUUUACAGACAUGCCAUUCAAUUGAGCCCUAAUAGUGGACAACCUUAUAACCAAUUAGCUCUAUUGGAAGCAUCACGAGGAGAUAGUUUGAGCACGGUAUUUUAUUAUAUGAGAAGCAUAAAUGUUAGACACCCAUUUUUAGCAGCUGUCAAUAAUUUAAAUUUCACCUUAAAUAAAUAUAUCAACUCUAGUCAAGAUAUGCUGUAUAAAACAAAAAUUACUAGUACUGAAUUUGUUCAACUAUUUCUCGCAUUCCAUGGAGUGUUGAUGUCAAAGGAUAUAAUAAAACGUCAAUCUUGUGAUGGAUACAUCAAAAGUCUUUCACUGUCAUUUACACCACAUAUUGCUACUGAAUCAUUCACUUCAUUUAAAUUACAGCAGAUGGUGGCUAUAAAUAUGUUAGCAUAUAACUAUAUUGGAAAUGAAUCUACAUCAAUUAAGGUGCAGUGUUUUCCUGUCGUUGAUUUAUUAGCCACUUUUCUCAAUGCUUUUUUACUUCCACUGUACACUAUGAAAGAAAGUCAAAAUAUCUCAGAAUACUAUACAUUGCCUGCAGUCAAACUAAUUCUGGAUUGGAUAAGAAGUGAUAUUAGUGUUCUAAAUUCUCCUGGUUUCAAAAGUCGUUUACAAAUCUGGCCAGGCCUUUGUAAAUUAUUAAAUGGACUAUCAAAUGAUUUAAGCAAUGAUGAUUAUUCUCAUAUUCCUUUACCAGAAGAUAGAUUGCUCCAAGGCUUUGUUAUGUUAGAAUCAGUACAUUCUAAACUCAUAUUAAAUACUGAUGACUGUACAAAAGUAAAUAUAAAUGCUCUAAGAGCUAAUCGUUUAAUUGAUUUUGGUGUAUGGUUUUCAUCUACUUCAUAUUCAUUAAUUAAAGCAAUUAAAAAAGAUAAAGGAUGGAGCUUUGAAAUAAUACCAAAUAGUUCGGCCAACUCCCAUUCAAUUGAUCUCGCUGCCGAUCUUGAAACAUUAUCAUCAUAUCAACAGCGCCAGUUACUUAGUUCAAGUGAAAGAAAAAGUGGUAUUUUAAAGUUUCAGUCUUCUAGUAAUUCAGAUAUAAAACCAGUCUUACGUAAUGUUGACUUUGAUUCAAUGUUAAAAAAGAAUCAAGAUACUGAAGCCAAACAAGUAAAAUUUCGCUCUCCAUCUCCGAGUUCAUCAUCAAGCAGUGAGGCUAAAUGGUCAUUGGAAGACCUUGAUCAGACUUCUUCAGAAUUUGAAAAAGAUCAAAAUGCUGUGAAACCUACUCCUAUUGGCUAUCAAUUGCCACACCCUGUCAAUUCUUUAAACUCUUCCCAGCCUAAUAUUAAUCCUGUUAUGAAUACUUUUGGUCAACUUCAUAUGAAUGGAUUUCCAUCAUCCUCUGAAAGUUCAUACAGGUUUAAUCAGCCGUUACCAAACUUCUCUACUUGGCCACAACCACCAGCCAGCUGGAUUGAUGGCAUUAAACAACCUCAAAACAACCAACAGAAUCAUCCAAUGUUUCCAUUUAUGCAAAACCAACCUCCAAUUGGGCAGUACCCAAAUGGUACUUGGUCAAAUGUUAAUCCUCCCCAAGCAGCGCAUAAUUCACCAUUGCAAAAUAAUUUAAAUCAUUUUAAUAUAAGAGAUGAUCAACAGCGUAAUUAUUAUAAUGGUGUAAAUAACAGUCCAUAUUAUUCACUAUUUAAUCAACCUAAUGUUAUGAUGCCUCGUAACAUGGAUACAAGUCAAGAGCCUAAUAACAGAUCAUUUGCUACAUUCCAUCAGCAGUCAUUGUGGUCAGGUCCAGGGCCAUCACCACUUGAGCGUUUAUUGGAACAACAACGUGGUCGUGAUGCAUCAGAAGGAGGAGGUACAUAAUAUAAUGAAAUGAAAUAAAAUAGAAUUAUGAUCUAUUGGUUAUUAAUGAUUACAAAACUACAAGCCUAUUAUAUUGGCUGAAAAAUUGAUAUUUGGAACUACUAAAAUAAUAUCUUAAAAAUGAAUCAUGCUUAAGCUACAGAUUUGGCUUCAAGAAAAAUACUGGAUUUAUAAUUUAUGUGAUCUACAUCCUGCAAUAGGUAUAAUGUUACUGUCUACUGUAGUAAAACUACAUAAAACCUGUUUAAUUAAUUCAUAAAUUUUAAUUUACUACAUGAAUUGACGUUAAUGUACUUUCUUUUUUUUAAAUAAUUUAUUCUUUUGGUGCAAAAUUAUUUCUUACUAGAAUUUAUUGAUGUUUAUUAUUUAUACUUAUAUAAUAUUUUUUCAUUUUGUAGACUAUUGAACUAAUUAAAUUUAAAUGAAAAUUUAAAAAAAAAUGGAUAAAUGUAUCGAUACUAAUUGUCCCUUGCUACAAUAUAUAUAUUUUUUAAUUUGUUAUAUAUUAAUAGUGUUGUUUCAGAAAUUAAUUUUGUGACGUAUAAUACAAUAAUAUAAUAUAGAAAUUAAAUUAAAUUUUGAAACUGUACAAUUUUCUUGUUCGAUAAUCUAAUAAUGAUUUUUGUUCAACAUUCUAGACUGAUAUGUUUGCAUAGUUUUAUAAUGAAGGAAUACAAAAAAUGUGAUGUUUAAUUAAUAAUUCAUAUCAAACUGAAUUAAAAUUAUAUUUAUGGCUAUAUUGUUAUUCAGUUUUUUUAAGGAAAACUUUUCAUGCUAAUUUUCUGUAAAUGAUAAUUGUUUUAUAUUUGCUUGAAAUAGUCAUAAUUUUUCUAAAUCGAAUAUUUGUUUGUUUGUUUUUGUUUUUUUUUAAUUCAUUAUUAGAUUUAUAUUUCCAAAACAAAUUAAUUAAUUAAUACCUUUAAAUUGUUAAAUAAUUUUUACAUGAAAAAAUAAUAAAUAUUUUUUUUCAUUAUAUAAUAAAAAUUGUAUAAACAAUUUGUUUUCUACUACUUGUUAAGUUCUAGAAAACAUUUUUAAAAAAAAGUUCCUGAUCAGAGUCCCUCGCCCCCACCUUUGCUAUUAUUAAGUUAAUUUUAUUGUUACAAUUCUUAUUAUAUUUUUGUUUAAAAUAUUGUUUUUGUGUUGUAUAGACAUGUAGUUAAUUUAUUUUUGCGAUGGUGUAAUUAAAAUUACUUUGUUAACAAAUUUAUAUGAACAUUAUUCAGGAAUCAGAUAAACAAAAAUAAUAACAUAUAUAAUAUAAUCAUAUGGUAUUUUGGAAAA